AUUUCCGGUCGUUUUAGGUCUCUCCCUCCCCUUUCCAUUUCCCCCAUUUCUCUCUCUCUCCUUCCCUCUGUUUCUCUUUCCUUGGUGCCGUUUCGCCAUUCCUUCACCCCGCCGCCGCCGCUUCAGUUUCUUCUGUCGGGGAAGAACGAACGAACUCACAUUGCUCCUUCGACCGAAUUCCCCCUCCGUCAGAAGAAAAGUCUUCGCCAUUAAAACGGUAAUGCGGAUCGUUUUCCGCAUAGACAAACGACACGCAAUGCGCGGCGGCGGCUUCGAUUCCUUCUAGCGCGGUCCACUCUCCACCACUCUCAAUAUCGUCCUCUCAGUCAAACCGCUUUUCUAUCUCCGCCGCCGGCGACAUCAAUGUCGGUGCCGGCGUGGCUGGAGUCUCUGCUGAGCACCGCCUUCUUCUCCGUCUGCCGCCUCCACAGGGACGCCGCGAGGAGCGAAUGCAACAUGUACUGCCUGGACUGCAAGGGCGAGUCGUUCUGCUUCUACUGCCGCUCUUCCCACCACAAGGAUCAUCAAGUCAUCCAGAUUCGGAGGUCUUCGUAUCACGACGUGGUGAGGGUCGGUGAAAUACAGAGGUUGGUGGACAUCAGCGGGGUACAGACGUACGUGAUAAACAGCGCCAGAGUGAUGUUCUUGAACGAGCGGCCGCAGCCCAAAUCGGGUAAAGGAGUCGCCCACAUUUGUGAGAUUUGCGGCCGGAGCUUGCUCGACACAUUCCGCUUCUGCUCGUUGGGCUGCAAGCUUGUAAGGAUAAAGAGGAAUGGAGAUGCUAGCUUUAGCAUGGAAGGAAAGAAUGCAGGAGGUGAAGGAGAAGCCAUAGAAGAAGAAGCCUCUACAUUGUUAGGAAUGCAAGAAAGAAUAAUAAUGAGGAGAAGGGAAGCUCAAACGUCAUCAAGGCUAACGAGUACAUCAUCGUCAAGGGAGGACGAUCAAGAAUUACGCGAAAGCACUCAACGAGACAUCUACCCGGCCACUACUCCUCCACCGCCUUCCAACGCAAGGCGAAGAAAAGGCAUUCCCCAUCGUGCACCUUUCUUUGCUUCCUAAUCCUUCCUAAAUCUAUUGUUGCUAUUGUCAUUAUCGUUACACCAUUUGAGUAUAAAGUCAUCCUACACAAAACUCAAACACACACAAAAGACUCUUUUCCCUCCCCUACCCUUCCUUUCUUGCACAAAUUCAUCCAUCUUUAGUGGGUAAGAAAGUGAGAAGAUGAAGAAGGAAAGGUAGAAAGAAGAGGGUGUACAUAUGGCCUUAUAGCACACUAUACAUAUAGUGUCCUUAUAUGCCCUUCUUUUGCUUUUGUUCCUUUAAAAACCAAAAGGGGUGAUGAGUAAGUUUCCCCCUUUUGGGUUGGAGGACCCAUUAGGCCAACAUAACACAAAGCUAUGAGAAGAAAAGAAAGGGAAGACAAAGAAGAAUUCUUCUUUCUCUCUUGUGAAUUGAAGAAGUAGCAAUAAUGCAACCCCAAAAUUAUUUGUUAUAAUGUAUACACUUGUUAAUUGUUCUAUAGUGAUUGAUGUUUGCAAUGCAAGGUUGUACAUUGGUGUUAAUAAAAUCUAAAAGUCUUCUUCUUUUGUGGAAUCCGUUUCAUAUAAG